GUGUCAGUUGUCAGACUUAAAUGAAACGAAUAUUGAUUUGUUUAUUAUUGAGUUGUUACUUCAAUUAUUUCACGAAGUAUAAAACGACAAAUAUGUCUACGAUACAUAUCUUCGUAGAAUAAAACAAAUGUCAUAAUAUUUUUCGCAGAAUUAUCAAAUAUGACCGAUACUAAAAUAUUUUCCGUAACUGGAUCAAAUUUAUUUGGACAAUGGUUUUCGUGGUUUGAAAACAAAUGUAUCUUCCCCAAAUUUGAAACUAUCUGUGUUGAUAGUGAAAAUAAUUUGAAGUUUGAUAUAAAUCGUGCUAAACUUAUCGUCACAAGUUGGUCAUAUAAUAUAUUUCAAGUAGAUGAAGUGUUUUAUUUCUCUGGAGCUUGGUUCGGUAAGGACAACCAACUUAGAGAAUUGCCUAUGUUCGAGGAAUUCCUACAGAGCUAUAGGGAGUCAAAAGUUUUAGUCACUGGUAAUGACUAUAUGAUAAUUCUAAUUGAAGUUGAAAAGAGAACUGUAUGUUUCUUUAAUUUCGAAACAAAAACUUUCGAGACUGUCAACUUUACUGAGAGGCCAGUCAUAGAAAAUGCUAAGAAACCAAGAACUAGCGAUGAUAUAAUGAAGGUUGUGGCAACAAAUAAUAUUUUUAUUUAUUUAACGUCAGAGGGAAAUGUAUACACUGGUCAGCUGCCAAGUUACGUUGAUACAGAACAUUGUUUUGGUAAAGUGUGUGACAUUGUAUGUGGAUACGAACAUUACAUGCUAUUGACCGACAAGGGUAGAGUUUAUACAUGGGGGAACGGAAGGAGACUACAACUUGGGCACGGCGACUUGACAAACCUGGAAUUACCAACAGAAGUUGAGGCUCUGGCCGGUAUUAAAAUUGUCAAAAUAAGAGCUGGGGGCUGGCAUUCGUUGGCACUAAGUGACUGCGGAGAUUUAUAUCUCUGGGGAUGGAAUGACACUGGCCAAUUGGGAAUGGAAAAUAAGGGUGGUCAAGAGAAAAAGGGUCUGAAGAACUACACACUUCCCACACUGGUUGAUGUUUAUGAUGAAAACGAUCAGCUAGUUGAUCUUUGCGUUAAAGAUAUAGCCUGCGGGACGAGGCAUACGGCACUGUUGCUAGAGGAUAACACAGUGUGGACUUCAGGUUGCAAUAAAUAUGGUCAGUUAGGGUUACCACCCGAAAGACACGAGAAGAUAGAGAGUUUCAAAAAGGUGUUCUAUGAUGAAGGCAUUACAAAUAUAUCCUGCGGACCCUGGAGUACUGUUGUAGAAUUACAGUUACAAAAAUAAUGUAAUGUAAUAAAUUCUUUCUUAAGUAAAUAUUA